CAAAAGUCUACUUAUCCCCCCACUCAUACCACUAAAAAACUCACACUUGCUGGCUUCUUCUUCCAUGGCUUUAUCUUUUGUUUCUUCAACUAGAUUCUCCAAGAUGCAAUAUGGCAUAUGGCACAGUGGAUCCUUCACGCAACGAGUCAGUGUGAGAUGCUGUGAAAUCGCAAACGAGGCUCCACGACCAAAAUCGAAGCUCCAAGUAGGAUCACCGAUCAUCAUCGUCGAAGCUCCCAAAGUUAUAAAAACGGCCGCUUCAAUGCCUUGCCUUAGGGCCAACUCUGGCUUGGUCAAGCCUGGCGAUGUUGGAAGAAUCGUGUCGAGAAAACCAAAGGACUUGUGGGCAGUUAGACUCUCCAUUGGAACAUAUCUUUUAGAUGGUAAAUAUUUCAAAGCUUUAGAGCUUGACGAAGGAGAUAGUGAUUGA